AAAGCAGAGACAUGUUACUCUUUACUCUCCGAGAAAUUUAAAGCAGAUAUGUCGUUGGCUUCUUGUUGGAGAUUCCCUCUCACACUAGUCCUAGUCCCAACGACACCGCGUUUCAAUCACAGACACCCAACUGGGUCAUCAUCUCGUCGCAGCAGAGCUCCUGCUCAAGCUCAACUAGAGCUUACAGUCCCUGAAGAUGGACCAAACGACGACAAGAAAGUGAAGAAGGUUGUCGUCGUUGGCUCUGGAUGGGCUGGCCUUGGCGCUGCCCACCACCUCUGCAACCAGCAGGGCAUUGAUGUUACUGUUCUUGAAACUACUGAUACUGGUCUUGAUGAUGUAGGUGUCCAUGGGUAUUGGUAUCCCUACCGGAACAUAUUCAGCCUUGUUGAUGAGCUUGAGAUUAAACCCUUCACUGACUGGACCAAGUUUGCGCAAUAUUCUGCAGAGGGAUUGGAGGUUGAAUUUCCGGUAUUUCAAGGGCUUCCUCAGUUGCCAACUCCUUUAGGAACCUUGUACUAUUCACAGUUUGUUCAGUUGCCAUUGGUUGAUAGAUUAACUGCACUUCCUUUAACAGCUGCAGUAAUCGACUUUGACAAUACUGAUACAGCUUGGAGAAAAUAUGAUUCAAUUACUGCAAGGGAACUCUUUAAGCAGUUUGGCUGCUCAGAAAAGCUUUAUCAGAAAGUCCUAGCACCAUUGCUUCAAGUGGGUCUGUUUGCACCAGCAGAACAAUGUAGUGCUGCUGCUACUCUCGGCUUGCUAUCCUACAUCCUUGCUCACCAGAAAGAUUUUGAUCUAGUAUUGUGCCGUGGAACAACUAGGGAAAAGAUCUUUAAGCCUUGGAUAGAGUCUAUGACAACCAAAGGUUGCAAGUUUGAGAAAGGUGCAAGGGUAACAGACCUUUUGCUUAAUGAGGAAACAGGUUGUAUUUCUGAAGUAGUUUGUGGCAAAGAGAUGUUUAGUGCUGAUGCUGUUGUCCUUGCUGUUGGAAUCUCCACACUUCAGAAACUUGUUGAAAAUAGUGCAGUGUUGUCUACAAGGGAGGAAUUUAUCAAGGUCUCGAACCUGGAUACCAUUGAUGUACUCUCUGUUAAGCUCUGGCUCGAUAGGAAGGUGAACAUUCCAAAUGCAAGCAAUGCUUGCUCGGGAUUUGAUAAUUCGUUUGGGUGGUCUUUCUUUGAUUUGAAUGCAAUUCAUGAUGACCACAAAGAUAGUACAGAAACAGUGCUACAAGCUGAUUUUUAUCGUGCCAAUGAACUGUUAGUUCUGACAGAUAAGCAAAUAGUUGCCAAGGUGACAUCUUACCUGUCAAACUGCAUCAAGGACUUCGAGAAUGCUACUGUGAAAAAUAAGGAGCUCGGAAGAUUUCCAAAAUCAUCAACUCAUUUCUUUCCAGGCUCAUAUAAGUACAUGAUUCGCGGGUCUACAUCUUUUCCAAACUUGUUCAUGGCUGGAGACUGGAUUAUAACUCGACAUGGUUCAUGGUCACAGGAGAAGUCUUAUGUCACCGGUCUAGAAGCUGCCAACCGUACAGUGGACUAUCUAGAAGAAGGAAGCUUUGCCAAAAUAAUACCUGUUGAGGAGGAUGAACCACAUAUUCAGACACUUCGUAGCUUAAACAGAAGUUUUAAUGAUAUCAAAGCCCAAUUACCGUUAUCUAGUUAUUUCCUCCAAUGA